AUGCGGACCUCUGUGUUUCUACUACUCGCGUUCAUCGUGGCGGCGUGCCACGCGGCCACAUUCACGCUCAAAACACGCAAUUCGGGCUCGCUUCGUGCGAAGCUCAUCAAAUCGGGCGCCUACAAGGACUUCCUCGCCGCUCAGCACCAGGCGCGCAUCGAGCAACUCAACACCGGCGGCCAGCCAUUCAUCGACUACUACGACGACUUCUAUCUCGGCAACAUCACGCUCGGCACACCGGCGCAAACGAUGACCGUCGUGCUCGACACCGGCUCGUCGAACUUGUGGGUGAUCGACGCCAAUUGCAAAUCGCAGGCGUGCAACGGCUAUCCGAACAGCGGCUUCGUCAAACACAAAUUCAACACGUCGGCCUCGUCGACGUACAAAGGCGAGACGCGCAAAUUCUCGAUUCAGUACGGCUCGGGCUCGUGCAGCGGACAUCUCGCGAAAGACUCGCUCAACUUCGGCGGCGUCAUCGUCGACAAUCAAGAGUUCGGCGUCGCCACCCACAUCGCCGAGGUGUUCGGCUAUCAGCCGGUCGACGGCAUCCUCGGACUCGGCUGGCCGAAGCUCGCCGUCGACGACGUCACACCGCCGAUGCAGAACGCGUUGCCGCAACUUGACCAACCAUUGUUCACCGUGUGGCUCGAUCGUAAACUCAAGAUCUCUGAAGGUGGAAGCGGCGGUCAAAUCACCUACGGUGACAUCGACAAACAGAAUUGCGACGCCGCCAUCAACUACGUUAAGUUGAGCGCCAAGACCUAUUGGCAGUUUCCGCUCGACUCGUUCUCGAUCGGCGAUUUCAGCGAGUCGAAAGUGGCGCAGGUGAUCUCCGACACCGGCACCUCGUGGAUCGGCGCGCCCAACUCGGUCGUCUCCGGCGUCGUCAAAGCCACCGGCGCGAAAUUCGACUGGGAGAACGAGUUGUACACCGUCGACUGCUCGACGACGUCGUCGCAACCCGACUUGGUGUUCGUCAUCGGCGGCGUCAAGUACAACGUGCCGGCCGUCGAGUACAUUCUCGAUUUGGAGUUGGGCGGCGGCAAAUGCGCGCUCACCUUCUUCGGCAUGGGCGGCGGCGGCUUCGGACCAUCGUGGAUUCUCGGCGACACGUUCAUUCGCCAAUAUUGCAAUGUCUAUGAUAUCGGACAGGAGCGCAUCGGAUUCGCCACCGCUCAUCACUCGUUCUAA